AUGACAGUCUUUCACAGCAACUGCACUCUUCCCCCAGAUGGCACUGGCUUUGUCUCAUCUCCCAACGCCAGAGGAACCUUAGACAUACUCUGGAGCUGCCUCAGCAUUUUGGUCCUCAGCACGUGGUCCAUCCUCCAUCUUAAUGUCCCGACACAGUCGACUCCCAGUGGAAAGACCCAAGAUUACAAGCGCAAGGCCAUCAGAUUCUUGGCGAAGCUGAAAUGGAUGGCCGUCAACGUUGUUGCACCCGAGUGGGCGCUAGGAAAAGCAUGGAGCGAUUACCGAUCUGUUUCGACACUCGAGGAAGCAUUCGACGUUUUCAGAAAGGCGGAUGAAGUCCCUUGGAGUCGCGCGCAUACAUACUUUGCGAAUAUGGGUGGAUUUGCUAUCAGGUUCACCGAGGAGACACAUCAGGCAGAAGAGGAACUCGAGCCCAAUGCUUCAGAUCCUACAUACAACGACACCACCUCUACAUAUCUUGACGCCAUUGCUUUGCCGACAAGUCCGACUCGGAUACCACAAAUGUCCCCCAGCCACCAAUCAAGCUCGGAAAACCCUGAAAUUAGGGCGAAUGGUCUGAGCCCGACUUCUGAUGAAGCUGAGGAACUAGGUCCCCGAGCAGACGAUGGUGAGAAUGGCGAGUCGCGCAAACAGGAACUGCCGGUGUACAUGCAAAGAUUCUUCUAUAGCAGGUCGCAUCGCGGCUUGGUUUCUGCAAAAUCACUGAGAAGAUCGAUCGAGAACUCAUCCCGAAGUAUUGGUAUAAUUGACUGGACGACAAACAACACCAACAUCCACACCGUAGAGAAAGCUCUCGAAAUCGUUACAAUGGAACAUUUCCAGACCGAAUGGGAGAGAAAUCGAUUUCUCCGUGGCUACACAAGUUGGUUCCACAACCUGCACGUCCUCCAAGGAGAUCUGUGGAUUCUAGACGCCCAUCAAUUGUUGCUUGCACGAGAACUAGGAAUCAUCAAGACCCUCCCAAAUUUGUCGAAAGAUGAGGUAGAUGACAAAACCAAAGAGGAUGCACUCGUCAAAGUCUUGGCUUUAGGCCAGGUCAUCUGGUUCUUCAUCCAGAUGGGAACUCGGCUUAGCUACCACAUACCAACAAGCCAGUUGGAAAUUGUGGUGUUCUCUUUCGCAAUCUGCACGGCAUUAACGUAUGGCCUUCUAUUGGACAAGCCGAAGGAUGCUUCGAUAUCAGUCACUGUUACUGCAGCCCGGUAUCCCACUCCUGAGAAGAUGAUACGUAUUGCCAUUGCUGGACCAUACACCUGGGGCAAAUACAGACGAAGCAUCUGGAUUCCUAACAACGCAAUUCAUCUUGAGUCCAAGCGAUCGAUGGUAGGCCCAAUGGCCAAGAUGAACCAAGGCGAUGUUUCGAUCGUUCGUUACUCUACCGAGCGGGGCAUUUAG